CGCGCCGCGUCCAAUGGGCGACGACGGGCGGGCCGAGCGAACGGGCGGGCCCUGUCUGCGCCUCAUCCCUGCUGCGGCGGCCGCCUGAGGGAACGGAGCGGCUCGUCGGUGCGGACAGGCGGCGCAGCGCCGACUCCUUCUCCCCUCCUGGCCAGUCGGCCCCGUCCCUCCCCGCCCGCCGGCCUCCUUCUCCCCCCCGCCCUCGCCCGAGCUCCAGCCGGUCGCCAGGCUUCUUUUCUAAAUAAAAUGUCUAAUGGUUAUGAAGAUCACAUGGCUGAAGACUGCAGGGACGAUAUCGGGAGGACAAACUUAAUCGUUAACUACCUCCCUCAGAACAUGACCCAGGAUGAGUUACGGAGCCUGUUCAGCAGCAUUGGAGAAGUUGAAUCUGCAAAGCUGAUACGAGACAAAGUUGCAGGACACAGCUUGGGCUAUGGCUUUGUGAACUACGUGACAGCAAAGGAUGCAGAGAGAGCAAUAAACACGCUGAACGGCCUGAGGCUGCAGUCCAAGACCAUCAAGGUGUCCUAUGCCCGUCCAAGCUCCGAGGUUAUCAAAGAUGCAAACUUGUACAUCAGUGGGCUGCCGAGGACAAUGACGCAGAAAGACGUAGAAGACAUGUUUUCACGGUUUGGCCGCAUUAUCAACUCGCGCGUGCUGGUUGACCAGACCACAGGUCUUUCCCGUGGGGUUGCCUUUAUCCGGUUUGACAAGCGGUCUGAGGCGGAAGAGGCCAUUACAAAUUUCAACGGCCACAAGCCUCCCGGUUCCUCCGAGCCGAUCACCGUGAAGUUUGCCGCCAACCCGAAUCAGAACAAAAAUGUGGCGUUGCUCUCGCAGCUGUACCACUCACCAGCAAGGCGGUUCGGGGGGCCAGUCCACCACCAGGCUCAGAGAUUCAGCUCACGUGGAAACCAUCACCUCGGCCCCAAUUGCACCUCCAACAUCUUCCAUUAGAUUUCUUUCUUUUUUUUUUAAGUGCAUUUUUUGUGUCAUUCUAGAGGUGCCGUCUAUAACUAACUUUUGAGAUUUUUUUUUCUUUCCAACUUAAUUGCGUUUGAGUUACUAUUAUCACCCGAAUGAAAAUGUAUUCCCCCAACUUCGUCAGUGAUCAUUGUUGAUGCCCAUUUCUAUUCUGUUCCGUUAUCUUUUCUCUCCUUUCCCCCACCCUCUCUUGCUAACCUCUCCCCUAGUAGAGGAUAAAAAGUCCUUCAGACCACCUUCCCCCUCCCCCCCCAAUUUAAUAAAGGUUGAAACAUUUGUCUGUGUGAUGCUUCAUAACACAGGGUAGAUUCUGCAGGUCUGUUCAACUGGUGGUGGUACUUCCUAAGCCUCUUGCAGGAGAGAGGACUCUUGUCACUAGCGGAGCGGAUCCGUGGAUUCCAGCUCAUAGUCCAUCCAACCACAAUGUCAUCUUAAGAUUGCUGGUGGAAUGGGUGUCUGGCUCUCAUUCUGAGUGAUGCUGAGUAGCGUGAUGCUAGGGUGAUUAAGACAACCACCUUUGAUGUAAAAGUAAUUUGUGUUUAUUUUUAAAACUGCUUUUCAUAUAAAAACUGCGCAGAAAGCAGCUUGCAGAAAUACAAAUGUUCAAAUUGUAACGCCGCAUCUCCCCCCCAAAGAGGCAAAUGGCACAGAGGCAGCAGUUAAAAAGGUUUUAAAAGGUUAUUUUAGCGCUUUUUCUAUUUAUUGUAAGUGGUUUUAAACCCGCCUUUCUUGUAAAGGACUCUUACACCGAACAAGAGACCAGUGUAAGCCAAAGCAAUUCUGGUCCAAGAUCUAAAAGUCCAGCCAGUUAAAAAAAAACUCCCCGUUUGCUGCCAACAUCCAUGAUUUUAAGUUCCCUGGAGCGCAAAUAACAGAAUUGCCGCUGCAGCUCUAAGCACCCUGAAUACGGUUUACAAACUGGAAUUGCGACUUUUGCUCUAAUCAGCUGUUUCUCUUUUCUCUCUUCCCCCGCCUUGUUCCUGCCCCAUUUUUGUUUAACACGUGGCCUGAAGAAGACUUCUGUGAAAGCUUGCUCAUUACUUCAUGAUGCCUUCGUAGGUCCAGCUAAAUGGCCCUACCGUUGCCCACUGUCCUCCAUGUUGACUAUUUUAAAAAAAAGCAGCUAAGGAAGAAAAUGCCCUCCUGCCCUCCAUUAUGCAUUUUGCCGAUUCUCCUUUAGGAGCAUCGUAACCUUUUUCAGUUCACUGCUUUGAAUGAGGCUUUAGUGGCCCUUCUGUGUAUCAUCACCCAUUCGUGGGCUCCCUCUGUGGCAGGUCAUGAGGUUAGAGGACGUGGAAUCCCAUUGCAAAACCAUCUUGAGGAUUAAUUUGUUUCUCCAGUUGAGCCUUGCUGAUUCCUCACGCAAGCCAACCCCGUAUACCCAACCCUCCCCUCCCUUGUGGAGUGCUCAGUAACAGCAGGCGUGCGAACACAGGGAGCUGCCCAUUGGUCUGCGUAGCCUGUCAUGGUCUAUUUUCACGUGGCAUCCUUAUCUUAUAGUUGGAGGUGCUUGGGGAUUGAACCGGCAAACCUAUUUCUGCCAAGUAUGUGCUGGGCCACUGUCCUGGCCCUUGGAGGCAAAGCUGCCUCCAUCACUAAUCAUGAGGAAUCCUGGGCAGUCUUCAGAGUUAGAAGUUCCUUUGGAAUUAGAGUUUUCCCGAUAACAUAGUUUGAAAACCACAGCUUUACCCAAUUGAAAACCAUCACCCAAAACCGAUUCAAAAUAGUACUGCUUUAUCUGCAGCUGAUGUUCCUACACUAAUCAAUAAAUAGUAAAACUACAGCAGUGUUUGUGCAUUCUCUCUGAGUUUGUUGCCAGAAUGACUGCAGUCUAAUAAUAAUCAUCCUGAUAAAGCAAUUAUUAGGUAGCUCUUUUCUAGUCUAGCAGAAUCUCUCAAGUCCCACCGUGUCUUUCCAGUUAGUCCGCAGUCUGCCAGUAACUAGUGAACUUGGGGUUGACUAAAGUAUUAAUAACCAGACUGUAAAUAAUCUAAUCAUUUGGCAGCCACUUAAUUAGCAGUUUGUUUUUGAUACGGCCACUUUGUUAAUCUGUAGCAGCUUGGGGUCAAUGUUCAAGAGGUUUACUCAGCAGUUCUUGCUUAGGAGCAACUAGAACAGUACCAAAAAAAGUUGUGGUAUAGCAAGCCUUCCCCAGAAGUUCCAAUUGUACUUCACUGUUUAUCACAUGUGGGCAGCUGCUGGUUUAGAUAUAAGGCACGGUAUUCUAGGAGGACUUCAGGCCAAUUGGUUUCCUCUCCACCUUUGAAUUUUUGUAUUGGCAGCAGGGGAGGGAGUGCAGGCCACGGUUUGCUGGUCCGGAUGAACUGCCGCCAUUUCUGGCUUGCUGCAGAAGUAGUUCUCUAAAUGUAGCUGGGCAGAAAUGGGGAUGCAGCCCCCCCCCCCCCCGCCCCUCACUUUUCCACACAGUGGCAAGCCAUGGUUUGCUGUGCCAUUUGAACCACUCCUUUUGAGAAACCAAAUUCACUGUGUCCACAUCUGAAAAUCUGAACCCUGUCUUUGCGAGGUAGCCUCCUUCUGACUUUUCUCUGGUUUUGGGCUUCUUAUUUCAUUGGCUUUUUGUUUUGUUUUGUUCUUCCUUCCCUCCUCCCUUCCAAGUCCUUGCUCAUUUUCACAAAAUGCUUGUUGUAAAAUCCCUUUUAAUAGUUACUUCUUCAGUGGAAAUCCUUGCAUGUUUUUUUUUAUUUUUCAUUCUUCAGAAGUGUAGAGUCAGAUGGGUAUUUCUCAGAAUUCUUGUCCUAGAAUUCUUGUUACAUGUUAAAUAAAUACAUGUUCUUCUA